AUGUUAACAAUGAACAUCAUCGUGGUGGUCGAGGACAAUGAUAUCAUCACUCGCGUGGUUCCAAUCAUUCCGGUGGUCACUGUCUUCACAAUGGACAUCGUGUGCGCAAAUAGAACCGACUAUCCGUGGUCCCAGUCAUCGAGUCAACACUUAUCGUCGAGGUGGUUCCAGCCGUCGUGGUCGUCCCAAUCGUUUUUCUGGAUCAAGGACAUCAAAAUCAAGUUACAUAUUGAUGCAUCUGUACCACAAGUAUUGCAGAGACAUCGACACAUCCUAUUUCAUGUCUGCAAAGAUGUCGAGAAGGAACUCGAUCGACUCAAGAAGAUGGAUGUCAUUGAAAAGGUAGAAGGCCCUACACCAUGGACGAGCCCACUUGUAGUCGUCUGUAAGAAAGCUGGUGGUGUAAGAAUCUGUGUCGACAUGAGAGAACCCAACAAAGCCAUAUGGAGAGAAAGACACCCUGUCCCAACGUUUGACAAUCUCUUUGCUGACCUGAACGGCUCAACUGUUUUUAGUAAACUAGACCUGACUAAUAGGCCAGUCAAUCUAAAACAAAAAAUGGCCUAA